AGAGCUCGGGCGAGCCAAGAGCGAUUCCAUAGCAUGAAUGAGUGAGAUGCAUUUUGUUCACAGCAAAGGUUCACGUGAUUUCAUGUGUUGAGGGUCGAGGUUUGCACAAAUGCGGCGUCCCACUGUUUUGUGAGAUGCUUCGCUUGCGGUCCGCGUUCCCGGUGCUGCAGUUCCUUAAGUCGGAACCGAGGGGCUUAGCUCAAGUUUUUAGCUAUAAGACUCGUUAAGUUUUAGAAGACGUCAGAAAUGCGGUGUUUGAUGGAUUGUAAUGGCAGUUGAAACCACCGUGUUUGCAUUAGAAGGAGGGUGUGGCAAAUUCAUCAGAAGGUGGAAUGAGGGAGGACAGGCGUGGUAGCUGAGAGAAAGGUCUCGGGAGCAAAGAUGCAGAGGAGGGAGGGCGUGGUGGUGGCAUCUGUGGCGGCGGUGGUGCUCGCUGCUGCGGCUGUCGUGUCGCUGCGAUGGAAGCAUCGUAAGUGUGAAUCGUGGAAGGAGUUUGUGCGUCACUGGGGGAUGAUGUGCACAGAGACGUCGCAGAAACAUUUGAAUUUUAACAGGGGGAGAGCGGGGGUGGGGGUGAGCGAGGGAGUCAUAGGAGCGAUUGGGAACACACCGUUGAUUAGAAUUCGGAGUCUGUCGGAAGCCACUGGCUGCGAGAUCUACGGUAAAUGCGAAUUUCUGAAUCCUGGUGGAAGUGUGAAGGACAGGGUUGCCGUCCAAAUUAUUGAGGAGGCAUUGCAAUCUGGGGCUCUAUGUGUUGGUGGUGUUGUUACUGAGGGAAGUGCUGGCAGUACAGCUGUAAGCUUAGCCAUGGUUGCCUUAGCGUAUGGGUGCAGAUGCCACGUUGUGAUCCCUGACGAUGCUGCGAUUGAGAAGACUCAAAUAUUGGAAUCAAUGGGUGCUACUGUCGAGCGAGUGCGACCUGUUUCUAUCACACAUAAAAACCACUUCGUAAAUGUUGCUAGGCGACGUGCACUGGAAGCCCGUGCUGCUAAUUCAGCACCCGAGGCACAGCUAUAUGCAAUUUCAAAGCAAAAUCCACACCUAGAGGAAAAGGUUGACCAUCAUGUUAAAGCUUUUACAUCAGAGGUUCAUGAAUUUCACGCCGCAAUACAUUCCAAAAGCGGGUUACCAUGUGAAAUAAUAGCAACAAGAAAUAAUUCAUGUGAUUCAAGACCAGCUGAGGAGGAGUUUUUGAUCUCCAUACAGAAGGAGAUAAUCGCAUGUUUAAUCGCUGGCGUUACUGAUAGUUCUCAUGUGAAAAACACCCGCUCAUCCGGUGAAAAGCUUCACGUGAUAUCUGAGGAGCAAGCUAAUGCUGGUAUGAGUUUAGCGGAGGCACAACCCACGGAACUUCAUGUUAGAGACAGCGACUCCAGUGAUCACUUGAACAGCAAAUGGCAAGGUCGAGGUGGGUACUUUGCAGACCAAUUCGAGAACCUGGCAAAUUUCCGGGCUCAUUAUGAGGGAACGGGUCCAGAGAUAUGGGUGCAGACAGGUGGAAAGGUUGACGCGUUUGUUGCAGCUGCUGGAACUGGUGGGACAAUUGCAGGAGUUUCACGAUAUUUGAAGGAACAAAAUCCUCAAGUAAAAUGUUUUCUUAUAGAUCCUCCGGGCUCAGGGUUAUAUAACAAAGUCACUCGGGGUGUGAUGUACACAAGAGAGGAAGCCGAAGGCAAACGCAUGAAAAAUCCUUUCGAUACCAUCACAGAGGGAAUAGGUAUUAAUCGAAUAACUGAAAAUUUCAAGAAAGCACAGCUCGAUGGAGCUUUUCGGGGCACUGACAAGGAGGCCGUUGAAAUGGCAAGGUAUCUGAUGAGGAACGAUGGUUUAUUCUUAGGAAGCUCUUCUUCCAUGAAUUGCGUGGGUGCGGUACGUGUUGCUCAAAUGCUGGGUCCAGGGCAUACAAUUGUAACUAUUCUUUGUGAUGGUGGCGCUCGUCAUUUAAGCAAGUUCCACAACGCAGAUUACUUGGCUGCACAGGGCCUCACACCCAUUGCCAAAUCCCUGGAGUUUAUACAGCCGAGAAACCCUGCACAUGCUGUUUGAUAGAUGACAUAAGUCAGAUCCUAGGUCUAAAUUGGUGACAUUAUUCAUGCUUUGCCCAUCCUUUUCCGUGUAGACUUCGUACAAGCUUCUGUAGUAGGUGCUCUUCUUCAGGUUUUCACUUAAUCAAUCGCUGUGAGUUUAUCUCAAGUAUACUAAACACGUCAAUAUCCCACAGCUCGGAGAUAGAAUUUAAAAUUUA